AUGGCAUCUGCAUUACCUCAGCCGUCGCGUCAAUCAACCAGCACGCCCACAGGCAGCGUGACAUCCCUUUCUUCGACAACCAGACUCAAACCUUUACAACUAGCCUCAGACGCCCGCAGGGUAUCUUCGGCGUCGCCUUCAAAGCUCCGCUCGCCAGCGCGCCCCUCCCUAGGCGGGGGCGUUCAAUCGAACUCUUCCUCCAGCGUAACGUCUUUGCGAUCCACUUCGGCUGCAUUCGCAAGCGGUGGUACCGACAAGGGCCUUCGGAGGACAGUCAGCAUCGCUUCGUUUCCUCAGCCUCCCAAAGCAAACUCCAGGCUAUCAACAGCAUCGGUCGCCAGCUCUACGUCGCAAACUCCGCGGGGUUCUCCUGAUCUCGUCAAGUCGGCCACCGGUACAACAAGGAAGAAAUCCAGACUUAGUUCUGCUACGACGAAUAGCAAUCGCGGCUCCAAAACUUCAUCGCUAAACAAUGGCAUUGAUGGCAAGGCAGUGCAAAACCUGGCAGGAAUUAAGGAUUCUGAAGGCCUAGUCAGCGCUUCCUCACCGCCACAAAGCAGAAGCUCGUCCGCGCAAGGUUCAUAUUCCACUAGCGCAACAACUUUCGACGAUACCGAAGAUGUGGGUGCCGAUAGCACAACUGCUGGGAAAAAGGGCCCGCGACCCAAAGAGGCCAAGGGCAAUGUCCUUGUCAGCGUGCGAGUCCGCCCGGAUAAUGGAGCACACGAAGGCUCUCGAGCUGAUGGUGAAUGGAUGGUAGAUGGCCGAAGGUCGUUGAUCGCCUUCAAAGGGAAGGAAAGUUAUGAUUAUUUCUAUGAUAAUGUUUUCACUACACAUGAUAAUAAUUCCAGAGUUUACGACUCCUCGGCCAAGCGUCUAGUUCGAAGAGUAAUGGAAGGAUAUCACGGAACUGUUUUUGCCUAUGGAAUGACUGGCACUGGAAAGACAUUUUCUAUGCAAGGCACGGCGUCAUCUCCAGGAGUGAUCCCCCUCGCAAUUACCGAUAUCUUCUCUUAUAUCCGUGAGACGCCACAUCGAGAGUUUCUCCUCCGUGUGAGUUAUCUGGAGAUCUAUAAUGAGAGGAUCAACGAUCUUCUCUCGGCCUCUACCGCAACUGGUCCAGGGGCCGCUGCUCCACAGGAAGAGAUUAAACUUCGAGAAGACAGUAAAAGAGGUGUUUAUGCAACACCCUUGAAGGAAGAAAUUGUGCAAAGUCCGACACAGCUUCUUCGUGUGAUUGCCAGGGGUGAUCAUGCAAGAAGGACUGGCAGCACACAAUUCAAUGCACGAAGCUCGCGUAGUCAUGCCGUCGUCCAAAUUGUCGUGGAGAGUCGUGAGCGAGCCCCUGGGGGCACUUCAUCUCAAGACAAGCGAGCUGCUGUCCCCCCUGGAGGUGUCCGAGUUUCUACCCUGAGUCUAAUCGAUUUAGCCGGGUCUGAACGCGCAGCGGAGAAUAAGGAAAGGCGGACAGAAGGAGCACACAUCAAUAAAAGUUUGCUUACUCUAGGUACUGUCAUUGCCAGGUUAUCCGAAAGCAAGGAGAAAGCCGCGAACUCGACAGAUAAGGAAGGCAAGCAUCUGCCGUACCGAGACAGCAAGUUGACCAGGCUACUUCAACCAGCAUUAUCUGGUAACUCCCUUGUCAGCAUUCUCUGUACCAUUCAGACUGGAUCGUCUGGAAGUGCCGCUCCCGCCAAUACUCAUACAAACGAGACAUUGAACACUCUCAAGUUCGCUGCUAGGGCAAAGAAUAAUAUUGUCAGUCAUGCAAAGCGAGCCGAGGAGGCUUUUGGCGGCGGGAAUGGUGAUGCUGGAAGCAGAGUCCUACUUGAGCGUUACCGGGUCGAAAUUCAAACAUUGCGGGCUCAACUUGAGAAUCAAACCAAGGUUCAGGUUGAAAACGAAACAAAGGUCGAAGAAGAGAGAAUAGAAAAAGAACAUGAGGCGCGCCAUGAAGAGCAAAUGCUCGAGAUGCAACUUGCUCGAACUGCCCUCAAAGAGCGAAUCGAGCACCUUAACCGCCUCAUCCUUUCUUCGAAGUCUACCGGUGUCAAUAGCAGCAGCGCAACAGCAGCCUUGGAGAGGUUAUCUCGAGUUUCUGCAAACCUUGAAUCAGGCAGUCGUUCACUUCGUUCGUCGGCAAGUCAGUCCACUCUUGGCGCCAGUUCUUUGCGCAGAACUGUGUCACAAUAUUCUUUGGCUAGCGGAGAUCGCUCAAGCGGGUACCAGCUGCAACGCUCGUCAUUGGUGCCAGAGGAUGAUGACGACACUAUCGGCGAAUAUGGCGAUGGAAAUGCAAGUCUUCAAAUGCAGAUCACGGCCUUGCAAGCCGACCUUUCAGACAAAAAUCGGUACAUAUCCACACUGGAAAGACGCCUGUUGCAGGCCCGACGUUCUAGCCACUCGAGAAUGUCUAUGGGUCUCUCGCAACAUAAGAAUAGCGAAGAUGUGGAUGUCACAGCGGUCUUGCGCGAGAGAGACAUGGAAAUCACUGAGUUGCGCAUUCAGCUUGACGACAAAGACCGCAUGCUCACCGCUCUUCGUUCUGCAGCUCGUCAACGCGACAUUGCACAGAUGCCGAUGGAGGCAGCAGGCUCAGAGAAGCAGGCUAGCCAACGCAACAGCGAGGGCAACGCCAACGUACUUGCAAGUCCACCCGCUACAGGUCCUACCAGCCCUACCAAUCCAGUGUCUCCAAUCAAAGCAUUGGAAAAGGAAAAGGAAAAAGACGGAAAGAGGAAGAGCGCAGACGAGAUGUCUCGAAUGCUGGACGAAAUGAUUCAAGACCGUGUAGAGACCGGUCAUCUGGCCAAGAGUUCUCGAGGCAGUAUACGUGUAUUAAGUGGAACGGCGAAUCGGCGGGAGUCGAUAGGGCCUGUACCACCAGCUCUUGGCCCACGCAGUGCGAUCGCUGAGACCCCGGAGGCUGAUGCUUGA